AUGCCCUUAGGGUUCCAAAUCACAAUGAAGACAUACGAAGAUGAUCUUGAGUCUAUGAAGAAGAACAUGUGGUCGAAUCUCUAUGAAUUGGCGGAUGUUGCGACUAAAGUGUAUGAAGACGAACAACGCAAGAAAAAAGGAAAAUCUAAGAUCGUUUCUGAAGAAGAAGAAGACGACGACGAGAGGUUCAGAUUCUUGGAUUAUGUCCCUAAAAAGAUUAGGUCUUCGCUAAGAUACUCACAACAACGAAACUAUGAGAAUCUUAAUGGGGAUUCUACUUCUUCUUCUUCAUCGCUCCGCGACCUUCGUUGUUUUGAGACUCGUUCUUGGCUCCAUUACAACACGGCUGAGAUUGAAAGCCCUCCAAACCCUAAUUCCCAGUCUUCUUCUUGCCUAACGGAGAGCACAAGCCGCAAGAGCCGUGCCUUGGUGCCGCAACCAAGGAGUAGUAGUGGUAAGUUCAAGAAAACAAAGGUGGUUGCUUCUUUGCCACGGAUAGCUAGAGGGACACCGGAGUGGCUUGUGGAGGUGAUGAGAGAGAUGGGCGUAGCCGACGAAGACCCGAUGCUGAUCUUUGAGAAACCACUAUCCGCGAGUGAUGUCAAGUCAGACCUGAGCCGUCUCUUGCUCCCUUUCAGUAUGCUAACCACAAAAGACUUCUUGACGCCUGCUGAGUAUGCAGCCAUACGGAGACAAGACAUCGAGGAAGAGAACAUUGGUGUGGGAACGAUUCUGGUGAAUAAAAAAUCUGAGAUGCACUACAAGAAAACAUGCAGUUUGAGACUACAGUUUGUGACUCUUUUUUUGGUCACAAAUAAUUGUAACGUUUUUGGGACGAAUUUAUAA